AUGGCCUCGGUGACGGGCCCGAGCCCGCACCAGCUGAUGUUCCCGGGGGCGAGGUCCUCGCCCUGCGCGGCGGCGCGGCGGUCCCUCUGCCCUCCCCGGCACCGUCGGCGUUCCCCUCGCAAUCGCUCUCCAGGGCGCCCGAUUCCGCGCUCUGCCACUGCCGGGGCAACGGCGGCCCCUCCGACGCGGCGCCCCCGCCGCCCGACGACUCCUCCGCCCUGCCGCGGCGGCGGGCGUUCGAUUCCUACGUGGGCGCGCGCCCGAAGGAGCCCGAGGGCGCCCGCGGCGGGCCGGCCCGGCGGGGAGGGAAGGGAAGGGGGCGGCGGGGGACGGGGAUGGGGGGAGGAGGAGAGCUGGGAUUGGGAUCGGUGGAAGCGGCACUUUGAGGAAAUCGACGGGCAAGAGCGUCUGCUUUCGAUAUUGAAGUCACAAUUAAGUAAUGCUGUAUUCAAAGAGGAUUAUGAAGAAGCUGGGAGGCUUAAAGUGGCAAUUGCAGCGGCAUCUACUGGUGACACUGUUGGCAGAGUGAUGUCUUACUUGAAAAUUGCUAUAAAUGAAGAACGUUAUCAUGAUGCGGCUUUUAUGCGAGAUAAUGCUGGUGCUGGAUUGGUGGGAUGGUGGGCUGGGACUUCAAAUGAUACAUACGAUCCAUAUGGUAUAAUAAUUCGUGUUACUGCAGAGCAUGGAAGAUAUGUGGCAAGGAGUUACAGCCCUCGGCAACUUGUGACAGCUGCAGGUGGUGUUCCCUUGUUUGAAGUUUUCUUGAAGGUGGACAAGAAAGGCGAAUACGGGCAACAGGCUGUGUACUUGAAGCAAAGGGAAGUUAUUCAAGAUCCUUUGAUAGGCUCUGUGUUAUCUGUUACUGAAAGCAAUACUAAUCCAGCAGACUCAAUUGAGGGAAAAAAUGAUGUAGUCAUUGCCCCUGCAGAAGAUGAUGAGGAUGGUAGUGGCAGGGAAGAUGGUUCUGAUCUUUCUGAGCAACUUCCUGGUUUUCAGAAUAUUCUGAGAGAUAUGAUUCCUGGUGUAAGGGUCAAGGUUAUGAAAGUUACAGCACCAGGGAAAGUUGACAAGGACCUUAUAGCUAAGGUGAUUGAGCAGAUGAUGGAUGAUGAAGAGGAAGAAGGCGUGGACGCUGAAGAUUUGGAAGCUGAAGAUGAAGUCAAGAGUGAAAGUGAUCAAGAGAGAGAUGAGAUGGAAAUGGAUGCGAUUCCUGGAGUUAUUGAAAGUGAAGGGAAAAAUGAGUUUGCGGUUAAAGUUGUUGUUGGUGGCCUUGUGCAGAAACUUUCUGCCAAUGUACCUACAAAAGACUUACUUCGAGUGCCAGCAAUGCUAGAGAAAAAGGGUCGUUCUUCAUUUUGUUUCUCAAUGAUUAAGGAUGUCAGUGGAAAGGACUCCAGUGGCAGGAAACAGUCUUCUGUGGGUAGGGAAGCUAAGUUCCGGAGUGGUCGUAGUAUUGACCAAGUUAUGCUUGAUCUCGCCAAGUUCAUUGGUGGGAGAAAAUAUUCAAUGGUCCAGGUCCUAAAAGAUGUUGGUGAAUUGAUAAGCCUCACUCUCAGCCAAACUCAAAGUCACAGAUCCCUUUCUGGAUCAACGACUUUUAAUCGCAUUGAAAUACCAAGUUCUUUUGAUCCUCUAAAUGGACUGUACAUUGGUGCACAUGGAAUUUACUCGUCAGAGGUCAUUCAAUUGAGACGUAAAUUUGGACAGUGGCAAGAGGAUGGCCAGACCAAGGAUCGAACAGAGCUCGAGUUUUAUGAAUACGUUGAAGCCUUAAAACUCACAGGAGAUCGCUAUGUGCCAGCUGGAAAGGUGGCAUUCCGUGCUAAGAUUGGUAAAAAAUAUCAGCUUCCGCAUAAAGGGAUCAUUCCAGAAGAACUUGGAGUGAUUGCUAGAUAUAAAGCAGGAAGGCUUGCUGAACCUGGAUUUCAAAAUCCAAGAUGGGUGGACGGUGAGCUGGUUAUUUUGGACGGAAAGUACAUUAAGGGGCCUGUUGUUGGGUUCGUCUAUUGGGCCCCUGAGUAUCACUUCUUGGUGUUCUUUAACCGGCUAAAGCUUCAGGAUUAGAUGCGCAUUGUACAUAGCGUCUGAGCAUGCUACCAUUUUCUCCAGGCAUGAACCAAUUACACUAUCUAUGGACGAUUUGCCCAUGAGUGACCUACAGAGGGAGAAUGCUUCUUAAGUGCUCAGAUGGCCGUAAGACUACAUGCUCUUGUUAAAAGGGGAAAAGGAAGCAUAUGCUGAUGAAGUCUCCUUCACUAUUGUGCUAAUUCCUUUUUGUCACGCCAGAGGUUUCUUGGUAUUCUGACCACUUCUCGGUCAGUGAUACGCACGCUUGUCCUUGACCAAUUCAGAUUCCAGGCUGAGGAAGUAAGCAUGUGGACAGAGACACUGAUGGAGUGAAGGCCUUUCAAGGUUCCUCUUCAUGAGUUAUCUUCAGUCUUUGCCAUACUGAGCUAAAUUUUUCGAUACCUAGUUCUUGUCUCCGGUGUUUAACGUCAUGAUCCCAAAUGUAAAUGAAGAUGGGAUGUUUAUGACGCACAAGAGGGGAUGUUUAGAUGCGUUCAUGGCCUCAAAAUCUUAUUUAAAUUCUAUGUAAGCGUCUGAUGAUAUUUUCGCUGUUUGUUGAUGGCAAUCUUCUACUCACAGCGUCUAGUUUUUUCAUCUCGUCUCCCUGUUUUCAUAUUUGCCUGGUAUAUGUCUUCUUUUUUUCCCCCUUCCCCCUUUCCUGUGAUGCUUUUUCUUUUGAAAUCUCUCUUUUGUAGUAGAGGCGCUUAUUGUGAAAUCCAUACUUGAGAUAUGUCCAUAUAAUUGACCAUUAUUGGAGGGGUUUUUGUGCA